CGGGGUCGCCUGCCCACACUCUCAGCCCAUGCAGCACCUCCGGCUGGGGCCCUUGCUGCCAGGCUCAACUCCCUUUACCUGAGGGAACUGGAGUUGCCACGACUGUUGGGCAUCAUUUUCCUGCCUAAAAUUCAAACUGCCAUCAAUCAGCUGCAAAGGCCCACCCCACUCUGUCUCCUCAGCCAAUCAGAAUGCUUGCUCUCUACCAGUUCCCCCCAUUCAAAUUAGCUGUCAAUCAUCUGUGCAAGUCCCACCUUCGCCUCCUGACUGAGAAGGCCUGGCUACACAGUGAUGCCUUGCACCCUGAAAGCUUCUGUCAAUCAAUUGCCCAGACCCACCCCUUUUCUCUUUUCAGCCAAUCAGAGUUCUAGCCCUCCUGUGCCUUGCCAACCACAGCAGACCUGCUGCCAGGGGCAGGUGGAGCCCUGUCCUGUUCAUUCUCAUGGCGAGGGACUGAUAGCUGGGCUCUGGCAGGUGUUUCAAUCUCAGUCAAACAAGAGGCAAAGAGGCCUCUGCUUUUAUGGUUUUCCUUUUAUUUUCAUGGGGCUUUUUGCUUUUUGUUUUUUACUAUCCAUCAUUUCACAACCUGAGCAAAAGAGAAAUUCAGUAGUGACAAGCUACCACAGAACCAGCCUUGACCACUGUCAAUCUCCAGCACCAUCUCCUUUCCCUCGGUCCCCUCAUCCAGGCCUCCAGGACAAGGCUACGCCCCAACCCCCCAGUGCCUGAACUGGAUGCAUCAAUGAAUGCAUAUGUUCCCCAAUUAGACUGUGGCUUACAGGAAGUGAGCUCUUUGCACCCUAUUGCCACGUGAUUUACAGACCCAUCGGCAAGCUGUGCUCAUUUCAGAGUCUACUAAAAUCCCUACUUUGUGGGGCUGAUUCUUGUCUCAUCCACCCCAGUGCAGAGUGGUUGCAUGCUCUCUCUUGCAGAGACUUACACAGACACUCACAUGUAUUGUACAUGGGUCAGGCCUGGGUAUAGACUAUUCCAAACUGAAGGAGAAAUUUUGGCAGGAGACAUCCCUGCAGAUUAGCACAUAGGCAAUGCACUGCCAUUUUGAUGCCUUGUAGUAUGAAAAGCACAGAGUUUCAAGACGGACACUUGGGAUCUCAUUCCUAUAUGUCAAACUGAAUGAUUAUGUAUGUUGCACAGCAUAUGGUCUCUACAACAGGUAGGACGUGGUCAGAGCCAGAGGAAUGAGCAUGUCAUGGGGUAUACAUGGGACCUUGUUCAGUGCAACUAGAGCACAGAACUGCAGAACCUAUUCUGAAUGCGGGUUUAACCUUGGCAGUGAGCAAAGCAAAACCAUGCUGUGCUAACUAAGCCCUACGCCCAACUCUCUGAGCUGCCGUGUCUGCUAGUUCCUGCGUGGUUUGUGGUUUGUAUCCUGAGUGCAUGAUUGGCUGAUCUUCACAAGGGAGCAGCGAGGGCGCUGUGGUGAAGGGUUUGUAUAAUCCUGAAUGGCUCUACAAGCUUCUACCCUUGCUUAGAUUCUGAAAAGUGUGGACUAUUACAACCAGAAGCAAAGCAGAGACACUUUCUCAGACUUGCCUGUUCUCAGAGCUUUUUCCUGUCACCAGAACACAGUAUGGAGGCCGUUGCCAAGUUCGAUUUCAAUGCUUCUGGAGAAGAUGAACUGAGUUUCCGGGCUGGUGAUAGUCUAAGGAUUUUAAGCUCCCAGGAAGAGUGGUACAAGGCUGAGCUGAGAAGUCAAGAGGGAUACGUCCCCAAGAAUUUCAUCAAUUUUCAAAUUCCUGUCUGGUUUAAUGGGAGGAUAUCCCGCCAUGAGGCAGAGAACCUACUCAUAAACAAAGAAAUUGGCUCCUUCAUCAUCCGAGCAAGCCAGAACUCCCAGGGUGACUUCUCUAUCUCUGUCAGGCAUGAAGAUGAUGUUCAGCACUUCAAAGUGAUGAGGGAUGCAAAGAACAACUACUACUUGUGGACAGAGAAAUUCCAAUCUCUAAACAAGUUGGUGGAGUACUACAAGACCAACUCCAUCUCCAGACAGAAGCAGAUCUUCCUGAGGGAUGAUAGCCGAGAAGAGAAGGAGAGGCAUGGUGGAAGCCUGGAACGGGGAGCACCAGAAGGGUUACGUCUGAGUGGAGCAUCUGCAGAUGUCCGAGCAUCAGUGUCUAAGAGAUAUUUAGAUCACUCCUCAAUCAUGAUGCAGCAGCAACAGCAACAGCAACAGGAGAGGUAUGGAGGGAGCCUGGAUAGGAAGGAUGCUCUAAGAGACCAUGGGCAAGUAAGUGCACCGUCCGUGCACCGGAGACAUACAGAUCCACUGCAGCAGCAACCCCAGCAAACGCUGUGGGUCCGUGCCCUGUAUGAUUUUGAGGCAAUGGAGUAUGAUGAACUUGGCUUCCGCAGUGGAGACAUUGUAGAAGUCCUGGACAGCUCCAACCCCUCUUGGUGGAAAGGUCGUCUGCGUGGUGAACUUGGGCUCUUCCCUGCCAACUAUGUUGCACCAAUCACCCGAUGAAUUCAAUACAUGCAGAGACGUAUGGUGAUGGAUCUUCUCUAAAGUAUUGGAGACAGAGAGCAUCUCCCAGGCACCUGAAACAUAGAGUAUUUGUAUUAUAAUAGUAAUUUAUUGGCAAUUGAACCUUUAAAUAGUUUAUAUUAAAGGGACCUAUGGAAAAGGGUGGGUUUUUUUCCUCAUUUUACAUCCUGGUGUGGGAUGCAGCAAGAACACCAGAUUGUCCAUAGGGUCUCACUAUGUCCUCCCUACAUCUCUUUGGAUAAAUAUUGAUAAGUUAGGCAGGCCAUACUAUAAUUAGCUCUGUCAUCCAGGAAUCCACCUCUCACAAGGCAGGUUUCAGUUUGUAGGAAACUUCACCUCCACCUUUUGGAACCUGUCACAUGCAUAAGUCCCUCUGGGCUCAACUCUCUUUUAUUACCCCUUUUCUUCAAGGCAAAUACAGCAAUGAGAAGAGCACCAUGGUUUAGUCAGGUGGUCGUAACUGUCUGUGGGUAUACUUGAGGAAGGGAGAUAAAGUAAAGGGAUCUUGAACUCUGACAGGGGAAUUCAGGGAAAACCUGGCUUUUCAAAGAAGACACCUUCUGAGUUAUCCCUCUUGUGUUCUCCUAAGGCAGCCCAUGAUGGGGACAUAGCAAGGGAAGGGAUGGGGCCACAUGAACUGCUAUACAGAGAAGUUCACCUAUGGAACCAAUAUGUGGGAAAAAGAGGAGCUUUGCUGCUUCUAACAGACCUGCCCAUGCUGUAUAGCAAUUUGUCCAUUUACUAGCUGCCUUCCACAGAAACACUGCACUUUCUCUUGAACAUGCUGGUAAGCAGGCCUGGCUUUUCAGCCAAGCCAAUAUUCAGCAGCUGAGAGAAAAGUAGAUACUGCUGGCGGUUUUUUGUUAGACCAAAUCUUUUUUUACUGGUUUAUUGCUGCCCCAAAAUUCUUUCUAUAUAUUUUAGGGAAUCUGGCAUCCCUGUGUUUAUAAACAUGAGUUCUUGGUGUCAUAUACUGUCCUCCUGGAUGUGUUUAUGUAAAUCCAUACAUGUGGUCAGGCACAUGCCAUCCUAUAAGAUUAAUCAGCAGUGUGGGGAAGGCCAAAAAAAGAAAAAAAAAACCCAAAACCACGCAUACGGCAAACAUAUAGGGUUGGGUGUCACCUUUACAGUUUUCACCCAGCUGAUUUCCUGUGCCUUUUAUGGCCUCUAGUUUCCAUGUGUCUAGUCCAAUUGUUCUCAACCUUUUUAUGCUCAAGAGCCCCCUUGAAAAAUUCUAGCUCUUAAUUUUCAUGUGUUAUUUUACUAUAAAAAAAUAGUAGAGCAAUUCUUCUUUUGUUGCAAAGAACUCAGAAAGUCUACAACAGAUUAUAAUGUUUUUGAUACUGAGGACUCACAGUUGAAAUUUGUUUGCACAUGUAACAAUGCUGACAUUGCAUGGCACCCUGCAGCACCCCUAAAAGGUUCUUAAGGCACCCUGGGAUGCUGAGGCAUAUUGGUUGAGAAUCACCGGUCCAGUGUCUUUCCCGCCUCUUCUCAGUAUCUCUUGUUAAAAAUGCUACUGUAUGCUCAAUGCCAAAAGCAAUCUCCUGCUAGCACUGUCAUAUUUUAGUCCAUUAGAGAUGCUAUAUUUGAGAUAGGGCUACUACUUUACUUGUGAGAGUGCAGUGAAUAAUGUUUGAUCCAUGGAACAGGCUCCUCUAUAUAUCUGUUUUUUUAGACAAAAUGAGAUAAAUGUACAGCACAGUAGCAACAAGACUGAGAUUUUAAAAAGGGGGGAGAGGGGAAGUGAUGAAUAAAUGACACACUGAAAUGCAAAUAAAUAGUAAAUGCACAUUUACAUUUGUUAAAACCCUAAGACAGAAACGUCUUGAUCACUGCUGCUCAUCCAAGUUGAAAUUCAACAAAAUGCCACAAAAAAUAAUACUGUACCAUAUCUGGGACCUCAGAGUCAGUAAGGAAAUUCUGAUUUGUAGGUCUUUGGACAGAAGGAAAAUACAACGUAUGUGAAAACCAAACCAGAUGCAUCAGUAACAUUGUUUCUGCCCUUUAGUAGUCCCAACUGAAAAAAAACACUAAAACCCUCAUGUCAGAGUCUAGUCCAGUGAAGAUGACAUUGUUCCACUGUCACAAGACAUGCAACAUUUGGUUUCAUUGAGCAGGGAGGAGCUUUUGUUGAGAGCUGAAGGGGACUGGAAGAAGAGCAGACUACUGAUAAAUAAAGUAUAUAAAAAAAGAGCUUUGCAUAUAAAGCUGGUCAUUGUUUAUAGAGGCAAAACUAUGUAUCUAUUUGCUUAUACCAGUUUAGAAGGAUAAGUUUCAUAAAAUAGAUGGAAACUAUACAUUCAGUUGAAUGUGACAUUAGAGAGACAAAUUUAGCUGUGGUAGAAGUGGGUUUAUUCCUGUUUUUUCUGAGUGCGUAUGUGAUUGGUUAUAUACAGGCUAGAUUUGGGCCUGUUCCAACACACCUGUAUUCAUGAGUGUCUUGUUCUUUGAGUAGUCCCAGCGAAAUGAAUGGAUUGGCAUUAGAAUCUUGCUCUAAGUGAUUCCACAGCUUCAAGGGGAACUUUUUAAAGACCAGGUCAAGACUUGGAAGAUGGGAAAUUUAGAUCAAGGGAAAGAGAAGAACAAGGCAAAGGAAGAUAGAAGAGGAAAAAAAAUCAAAGACCAGCAGAAGUACAGAAGCAAUAUUAAUGUUGACUAUUUGAGACUUGGAGCUGACUGAAGAGGACAAAACAGUCUUUCAUAUUUUCCCUCAUCAUCUUAUAAUAUGUUUCAAUUAAUUGUUGGUAUGUUUAAAUUUAUUUUAUAAGUUGAAACUGAGAAUUGCUUUUACUUUUACCAAGUUUCUAGAGAUCCAGUGAGUAAUGAAGAUGUGGUUGCAAAACAUUAACUGAGGAUAAUCUGCUUAAUGUUCAGCUAUCUCUUUGCAUAUUUAAAGUCCCUUUGCAAGGAUUAAAUAUUUAAUUAAAACUGGACAGUAAGUUGCAAGAACUCCAAUGUGAAGUGAUGGUUUCUUGAGGUAAGGGUAGAUUUCCACAAGAUUUUUUAAAUUAACAUUUCAAGAAUUAAUAUCUGAGGCAGUUAAAUCAAUGGAUCUAUGUGUCUGCUUAAUUAGUCAUAGGUUCAAGGCUUUAAAAUUAGACUGUCAUAUGCUGUGUCUUGCUCGUGGUCAUCAACAUUUUUUAAAGAAAUAAUCCAAGAAUACAGUCUAGGUGAUAUCCUACUAUGACACUAAAAAGGUGGGGACAGGGGUGAGGGGGAGACACUCAGUUAAGUAUUUUGCUUGAUGUUUGUCAUAAGCAAAAAUGACAGCCUAUGAGAAAAGGGAUUACAAACAGGGACAAAAACAAGGAGGGUACCUGGAAAGAAAAGACCUUUACUUUGAAGGAAAUGCUAUAGCAGUUGGAGUGCAUGUGGAGGGAAGGUAGAACCACGGUUUGUUAAGCACAGCUCAGUUGGGUUCACUUUGUCUGAAUUAGCUUUUUGCCAUCAGCAUGGUGAAAAUCCAUGUUUUAUUUAUAUCUCAGUGGUUAAUAAGGAUGAGUAAAGGCACAAAGUGAAAAUCUUCUCUAACAAAAGCUUUCACUGAACAUUCUGCAUCACAUAACCACGAUGCCUCUGCAAAUAAAAAUGUAUCAGGGCCUAUGUUUUGGAGACAUUUAGAAUAUGGCUGGUUAUAUUCUGGCUGCUGCCUAAGGAGAGUGUGUAGGGCUAUUCUUAGUACCUCCAUGCAAGGUAACCUCUGAAAGUACAGUGAGGUAAAACAAUCAGAUCUCUUUCUGUUUCCCAGGACAGUCUUGUGUUUCAGUGAUCUGCCUUAAAAAUCUGGGGUUAGCACAGUGGUAUAGCUAUGGUGGUUCAAAGAAUAUUAGACCAUUAAAAUUGAGCACCUAACUGCUCUGUUGUAGGCUCAGUGGUUGCCCUUUUCUGCCUCUUCCCAGCAGAGGGUGUUGUUGCAGACCCUUGGAAGCCAUUGGCAGCAGCUUCUGCAGAGAGCAGCCAUGGAAGGUCUUCCAGAAAAGGCCAAAAGUGAAAGCUGUACAUUGGUACCCAGGGCCCCACACCAAUAAGAAUAGGGCCCAGAGUAGCAGCACUGGUGCCACCCAGGUUAGCAGGGCCAGCACCUGAGUAGCAAAAGCAGCAAUAAUCCAAGAGAUAAGUUAAAGGGAGUGAUGAGCUUGGGUGGGGAGUUGACAGGUGUCUUACAUUGCAUUUCAUUAACCUGGCCAGUUACCAUGGGGGAUCAUUACAUAGAAACAGCUAGUACACCUGACAGUGCCUUGGCAUGUGACAAGCUGGGCUAGGGCUCCUGUCAGGAUCCAGCUCCAUUUGUGCAGGGUUUAGCUACCCUGUGUGCUGGGGUGUGCACACCAUUCCCAAUCACAUACCAGAAGUGCCUUGCAGCAUGUUCUCUCCAGUGCUGUAUGUGGCCUGCUGCCUCUCCCUACCCUGCACAGCUAAAAUGCCUCGCAGUACUUCUCAGCUGCUGCAACUCAGCACCUCCUGUCCGCCAGCACUCCUGAGAGCAGCAAGGCACAAUUUUGCCUCUAGUCUAACAGAGGAACAUGCCUCUGUUUUUCUCAGACAUCACAAUCUGUUCGGUGUAUGUGGUUAAAUUGCUUUUAAAGGGAACCCUAUAAAGACCGAUUAAACUGUUAAUGCUCCCAAAUGAUUCAAGAGCUUCCAUUUAUUUGCAGAAAAAAUGUGUAUUGAGUAAAGAGUAACUGAUACCCAAGCCGCUUCUAAGUGACAAAGGGUUUGCAUUUCACCAGUAGAAGCAGAAAGUGAAUCUUUAAGGGCAAAGCAUUGCCAAUUUCUCUAGGUUUUUAGCAGCUGCUUUACAGUGACAGAUUUCUGAUGGUUUAAUUUCACGAAAUGCAAAAGAAGUCUGUUACAGAAGCAGAACUGACAGAGGGAAAAGUUGUAGAUUUAGCCUGGAUCUACAAAGGGACUUUGGUGUGGCAGUGCUGAACACUAGCCAUAUUCUUGAAUGAAAACAGCUAUAGCUACUGUGCUUUGCGCUGAUUCCAGUGCUGCUGGUGCAUGCUUACAUGUUUUCAGAGCAUGUCUACCCAGACAGAGCCUUUGGUGGACUUAGGCAAAAAGACCAGCUACUUUGUAAAUCACGAGUGGGCCUAGGCAAAAGACUGGUGCUGAAAUGCUUAGCUCAUUCAAGAUGUCAGUGCCUCAGAGUGGGAAACUUUAUAGAUACUCAGGUAAUUUUACUGGUGAAGGCUCAGGUGCCAAAGUAGUGCAGCAGGGUGUGUGUAGAUUGCAGUCCUGGAUACAGGCACCUAAAUUCCACAUAAGUUACAUUUUCAGGCACCUAACCCCAUUUUGAGAUCUGGCUCUUCGCCCUCUGGUACAAGAUUGCAGAGAAUAGGUGGAUGAGUAAAAAGUGUUCAUUGACCUCAGUGUAGGAGAGCAAUUCAAAGCACUCUGAAUGUUUUCAUUGAGUAAAUAAAGCCUACUCAGUUAACGGUGAGUGUGCUAGCAAGCAAAUGUGCUGGUAAGAAAAUGCAAAAGAUUUGCAAAAAGAAAACGAGCUCAAAUACAAUGAGAAGAAAAAAAGGAAGGAAGCUUAUGCAGAAAAAGAUGACAGUUAAGAUAAGUAAAGAUAAGUAAAAAGCCAGAACAAAAUAUAUCAAAAUACAUAUUAACUGGAAACUGUAGGCCAAACUCUCAUCAUCAGCAGGAGCAAGUGCUUGUUAUCACAGCCUGUGAGGAUGUAGCUGUGGUGAAUUCGGCCACUACAUAUGAAAAUUAGGAUAACUCUUGUCAGGAACACAAUUCACUACGGAUGAGUUUACUGCACAUUUGAAUCCUAAAAGCUGUAAAAUUGCAAGAACUUCCUGAAAUCAUGAGAAAGUUCAGUUCUCUAUUUAAAAGACACUUCUGGGAAGCCUUUCAAUGAUAACUAGCAGAGAUAAUUGAGAUAAAGAAAAUAAAAGAUAUUUUUACCUCAGGUCUAAAAGUCAUUCAGACAGUGCAUCAGUUAUGCUUUUACUGCAUUGAGUGCGUCUGACUUGCACUAAGCUCCUUGGGGGUAGGAUCAUGUCUCCCUCUCUGCUAUAAAAUACCUAUGUUGGCAGUGCUCCAAUAUUAACAAUAAAUAGUAAGAGAUAAUAAUAAUGAAAUUGAAAAUGCACUUUGCUAUGAUCAAAUAGUUCUAGGAGCUGCAGCAUGUAAGUGUUGCAUGAGAAGUAGAACGUGGUUCAACAUCUGUGCACAGCAAAAUUUGAUUAAAAAACAUAAGCUGUAA